AGUCCAACAGAGAAAUCUAGAGAGCAGCAGUGUCAUUAACGCGUAAUACUUAAUCUGAAUGUUCAUUAUGAGAAUCAACAUAUGAUACUGGGUAUGAAAAAUAUAAACUAAACUCGGAGUAUAUAACUUGAAUUUGAUAGCAAAUACUUCUGACCGGAUCCGAUACGGGCAGGCAAAUAACUUAAUCUUACAGACUCUCAAAAAAUUUAAAUCAAUCACACGUCACACACGACAUCAAUCAACAACAUGCAAGGUUCGAGGAACUAUAAAACAUUUUGCAAUAUUUCCGAGCUUAAUUCUAAUACUCUGGCUACCCAACAAAAUUCAAUAAUACUUGGUGCUAAAAAAGCUGCUCUUGUACAUCAAAAAUACAAUGCAGGAACACAAUCUAUCACAAAUAUUACUAAUAAAAAUCAAGAAAAAAAAAUGAAAAAAAUACAAGGUAGUCCGUACAGGCAAAUUUUAGCUGCUUUCGUUGCUCAAUUAGGAACUAUUAAUACUGGUAUGACCUUUGGCUUUCCUGCAAUAGCUCUUCCGCAAUUGAAAGAUGGAAAUGGAACUAUAAAUAUAAAUUUAAAUGAAGCAUCUUGGAUAGCAAGCUUCUCAGCUAUUGGCACACCUAUUGGCUGUUUUUUCUCUGGCUAUAUGAUGGAUAUGCUUGGAAGAAAACUAUCUUUGAUUGUCACAGAAGUACCUGCUUUACUUGGUUGGUUACUGAUAUUCUAUGCAUCAGAUGUUCAUAUGAUUUAUGCUGGAAGAUUUUUUACAGGACUUGGAUCUGGAAUGGUAGGCGCACCAGCUAGAGUAUAUACUAGUGAAGUAACUCAACCACAUCUUCGAGGUAUGUUAACUGCUAUAGCCAGUGUAGGAGUCAGUACAGGAGUUCUUAUCGAGUAUGCAUUAGGUGCCAUAAUCUCAUGGAAUGUAUGUGCAAGCAUUAGUGCUAUUAUACCUGCAACUGCAUUAGUUCUCAUGUUCUUAUUUCCUGAAACACCUUCAUAUUUAAUUUCUAUUAAUAAACCUGAAGAAGCAAGAGAAUCGUUAAAGAAAUUUCGAAGUACUUCGUAUGACCUAAAUGAGGAAAUGAACACAUUGAUAAAUUUUUCUAAUAAAAACAAUCUUAAGAAACUUACUGGUUUUUAUGAAAUAGUAGUUGCACUAGUUCAACCAAAUGCAUUAAAACCAUUCUUAUUACUAUUCCUUUAUUUUCUAAUUUAUCAAUGGACUGGAACAAAUGCUGUUACAUUUUAUGCAGUGGAUAUUGUUGCAAUAUCUGGAAUUCAAUUAAACAAAUAUUUUGUAACAGUUUUCUUUGGUGUUAUAAGAUUAAUUUCAACGAUAGCUGCUUGUAUUGCUUGUCGAAGAUAUGGAAGAAGACCAAUGACUUUAAUUUCAUCUAUUGGUUGUGGAAUAACUAUGAUUGGACUUGGAAUAUAUAUAUGGUUAAAAGAAUAUUUAGUUAAUUACUCAUGGAUUCCAAUUCUUUGUAUUACAGGUUAUUCUAUUGCAUGCACACUAGGAUUUUUAGUUAUUCCCUGGAUAAUGAUUGGCGAAAUUUACCCAGUACAAAUUCGUGGUAUAAUUGGUGGAUUAACAACAAUGUUUGCACAUAGUUUUGUCUUUUCAGUAGUCAAAACAUACCCAUUACUAGCAACAUUAAUUACACAACAUGGAACAUUUCUUCUUUAUGGAUGCAUUUCAUUGAUUGGCACUAUUUAUUUCUACAUAUAUUUGCCAGAAACUAAAAAUAAAUCACUCCAGGAAAUAGAAGAUUUUUUUUCAGGAAGAAACAAUGAUUUAAAAACUGGAAAAAUAAAUAUUAAACCAAAUUUUCUGCAAGUGAGAAAGGGCCAAGUGCUUCCAUAGUUAUAGAUUUAUGUAAUAUUAUAAUGUUUUUAAAUAAUUUUUAAUACGAAUUUCACAAUAAUUAAUGCCA